UAAUCCAACCAACCAUCAUAAAAAUGAAAAUUUCCUGUAUUUUAUUAUCAUUAAUGUGCGUAAAUGUUUUGGCUAAUAUAAGUAUAACAGAAUAUAUAAAUAUGGUUGAACUUCUGAACUUGCAAAUUCAAAAAGCUUCUGGCUAUAACGACGAUUAUAUAGGAAAUGGAUUGGAGCGUGUAAUUGAAGGCGUUUUGCGUACAAAUUGUAGUCCAUCGAGGUAUGUGAUUGAAAUGUUCACUGUACCUGAACUUGCACUUACUUACAACUUUGACUAUCUACAAGAUUCCAUACUGACACAAACAGAUAAUCUGCAACAGGAAUUAUUUCAGAAUUUAGGUAUUCCUAUAGUCUAUCCAAACAAAAGUAAUGAAAUUUUAAGAAUAACCACACUUGGAAAAACAAGAACUUAUCUUACUGGAAAAGCUUUACAUAAUUUACAUAAGCAAAUAAUUGAUAUUCCUGCACUUGAUGAUAAAAACCAAACUGUUACUAAACAUAAUGAUAUAGACAAAAGAAGUUACAAAGCUACGCGUAGAGCCACUAUUAAAUUGACCGAACUCGGAAAGGCGAGAAGACUUCUAACAAAAAAAGCUAUAAAAAAUGUACUUACCCAAGCAUUAGCUGAACUGAUUUCGUAUGACAAGAAGCAUUGUGUUUAUACAUUUUGUACGUUGAUAGCAUUGUGGAUUAGUUCAAAAACAGCUUCAAUACCGAUUGUGUCUGUAGAUCAUGAAGGGGAUGAUAUUGAGAUUUGUGUAGUAUAUGAUAAGGACAGGAAUGCUGUAAAAUACAGACCAUUUAUGGGCAUAUAUUGGCAAGUAAAUGUCAAUAAAACGGAUACUAAAAUAGAAGAAUUAAAUGUACAGCUACUCGACGAUUCUAGUAUCCCACGAUUUAAGAAAUCGUUAACAACCACAACAUUUAAGACUAGAUAUAUGAAUGACAUGUUUACUAUACCAGAACAUUCAAUAAUAUCCAGCUAUGAAUAUCUACAAGACUCUAUAUUGACACAAGAAAAUUUGCAACGGAUAAUAUUUCAGGAAUUAAGAAUUCCUAAACCUGCUAAGGCAACCGAAAGUAACGCAAUUUUAAGAACGACCACAGAUGGAAAGGCGAGAAGUUUUCUUACUGGAAAAGCUUUAAAAAAAUUACAUAGCCGAAUAGUUAAUAUUCCUGUAUUUGAUGAUAAGAACCAAAGUGUUUCUGUACAUAGUGAUAAAUUCAAAAGAAUUUACAAACCUACCCGUAGAGCAAUUAAUAAGUUGACCAAACUUGGAAAGGCGAGAAGACUUUUUACUGGAAAAGCUAUAAGAAAUGCACUUAUCCAACAUUUAGAUGGAUGGAUCUUAAAUGAAAAGAUGUAUUCGGUUAAUAGAAUUUGUACUUUAAUAGCAAUGUGGCUAAGUUUAAAAACGUCUUCAAAAACAGAUUAUGAUGUACAGCAUAUAGAUCGUAUCGAUCUAUAUAGACGUAUUGAUAUUUGUGUAGUAUACGAUGGCGCCUUUAAUGCUGUAGCAUACAGAUUAUUUAAGGACAAGUAUUGGCAAGUAAAUGUCAAUAAAAUGGAUAAAAAAAUUAUACAAUUAAAAGUACAGCUAUUCGACGAUUCCAGUAUUCCACGAUUUGAGAAACAGUUAAAAACCACAACAUUUUAG